AUGGCGCUCGACCGUGGUACGCAAGCAGUCGUUACGGCUUCAGCUUUUACUGGAUUGGCCCUAUUGUUCGUCGUAAUCCGGUGCAUUUCUCGAUUUUGUGUCAUCAAGCAAGCCGGGACGGAGGACUAUCUCGCCAUAGUGGCGCUUAUACUGUCCAUUGGACUCACAGUCAUUAUCGGCCUUCAACGAGAAAAUGGCCUCGGAAGACAUGCCGACACUGUCAGUGAGGAAGAGAACGAAAUGCUCUCAAAGCUUUUGUACGCGAGUAUCAUAGUGUACAAUCUUGGACUUGUUUUCGUCAAGGACUCAAUUCUCUAUCAAUACCUCCGAUUCUUCGUUCACCGAGUAUAUCGACGAAUCGCGUGGGGCUUGAUCGUGUUCGUCACAGCUGUUGGAUCCGCCAUGAUCAUCACAUCUUGUGUCUCUUGCCUCCCAGUUCAAUACUUCUGGGACAAGCGCGGCGAUGGCCACUGCGUAAACCUUAUGGCAUUCUGGUUUAGCUUUUCUGGAUUCAACAUCAUCACCGACCUGGCCGUUUGGCUACUUCCAAUGCCCGUAUUGAAAGGUCUACAACUCCCGAGAAAGCAAAAGUAUAGUUUGAUUGCUGUGUUCGCUCUAGGUGGUUUCGGAUGCAUAACGGCUAUCCUUCGUCUCCAUGUUCUAUACGUAGUCAGCAUGUCGACCGAUAUAACCUACGAUAACGUCGGAGCGGCCACAUGGAGCUCCUGCGAACUUAACGUGGGCAUUGCUUGCUCAUGCGUACCGGCCUUCCGGCCCCUCAUCUCACGCAUAUUCCCACGCCUCCUUUCCAGUACACGGCGCGACCACACCUCCGAUCCGUUCUCGAGAGGCGCCGCAUACUACCGCAACGACAGCGUCGUCGAACUCUCACACGUCAACAAGAUCGAAAGUGAUAUGAGUCAACACGACUCCAUCAGCAUGGACACCACACAUACCCCAGGUACAAUUAGAGUUAAGCAAGAGUGGAGUGUUACAGAGAAGGACGGUCCUUAG